AUGUGUCUGCAAUUUAUUACCGCAUUGAGAACACCACCACCUAACACUCUGAUCCACACUCUCUCACCUCCCUCGACUCACUAUUUCAAUUGUUUUCUCUUCUGUCUCUGGUCUUGCUCUGCAUCUUUGACCUUCUCUUUCCUUGAUAAAACUUCCAUCUCCUCAAAAUUUUAGCAUUUUGUUGUACUUUGGUUGCAACUUCCCAAGCCAAAAAAGAUCAAGAUUCUCACUUUUAGCAAGCCUUUUUCCCGUGUUACAUCAAGAUGCAAACUUUGGAUGCUAUGUCGAUGGGUAUUCUUCUGCUUCAUUCAAGCGUUGCAAUUUGCUGUAGAAGUUCUCGUUAGUUGAGUUCUAGUUGGUCCCAUUCUGAUAUAUUCACUGAGAUUUGUCGGGGUAGGGGACUUUGAUCGAAGGAAUGCAGAGACUCAAUUUAGUACUUUUGUUGUUUCUGGUAGCAACUGCAUUAGCACAACCUGAAUUUGAAGCACUCUUAGAGCUCAAGAAAGGCAUUGAAAAAGACCCUUCUGGUAAAGUUCUUGCUUCGUGGGACUCUAAGUCCUUGGCAUCAGAUGGGUGCCCCAAGAAUUGGUUUGGAGUCACCUGUAAUGAUGGUCAUGUGACUUCAAUCACUCUAAAUGAUUUGGGUUUGGUUGGAAACUUCAGUUUCCCUGUCAUUGUUGGUCUUAAAAUGCUUCAGAAUUUAUCUAUUUCAAGUAACCAGUUGACAGGAACCAUCUCAAACAUUGGCUUUAUUCUGUCUAUUGAGAUUUUGGACCUCUCAAGUAAUGCCUUUCAUGGGGCUAUACCAUCAGGUAUUGUCAAUUUAAAAAAUUUAGUACUUCUGAAUCUUUCUUCAAAUAAUUUUGAAGGCACAUUUCCCUCUGGUUUUAGCAAUCUUAAGAGGUUGAAAUAUUUAGAUUUGGGAUCUAAUGGCUUUUCUGGGGAUAUCAUGAAUCUUCUGUCCCAAUUGGAAAGUGUGGUGCAUGUGGACUUGAGCAGCAAUCAGUUAUCUGGUUCACCGGACUUGGGACUUGGAAGCUCCAGUUUUGUUUCUUCAAUUCAAUACUUAAAUGUAAGCCGGAAUUUGUUGGUUGGAGAGCUAUUUGCUCAUGAUGGAAUGCCAUAUUUUGACAGUUUAGAAGUUUUUGAUGCUAGUAACAAUCAGUUAGUGGGAACUAUUCCCCCUUUCAAUUUUAUAGUCUCUUUGAGGAUUCUUCGACUUGGAAACAACCAGUUGUCCGGAUCACUACCAGCAGCUCUUUUGCAAGAGACCUCAAUGAUCUUGUCAGAUCUAGAUCUUAGCCAUAAUCAACUUGAAGGGCCAGUGGGAAGUAUAACCUCAGCAACUCUAAAGAUGCUCAACAUAUCAUCAAACAAACUCUCAGGGUCCUUGCCUUUUAAGAUAGGGCACUGCGCCAUCAUAGACCUCAGUAACAACAUGCUCUCAGGGGACUUGUCCAGAAUCCAGGGUUGGGGAAAUUAUGUUGAAGUUAUUGAAUUGAGUUCAAACUCACUGACUGGGACCUUGCCAAACCAAACUUCUCAAUUUUUAAGGCUGGCUACAUUUAAGGUUUCAAACAACUCAUUAAAGGGUGUUCUCCCAGCAAUUUUAGGUACAUACCCAGAAUUAAAGUUGAUCGAUCUUAGCCUCAACCAUCUCAAUGGAUCCCUCCUUCCAAGCUUCUUCAUGUCAACGACAUUGACUGAUCUCAACCUCUCAGGCAAUAACUUUACUGGUUCAAUACCUCUUCAGGACAUGAAAAACAUGCCUUCAGUAAGUUCUGCUGAAAAUUUGAGCCUGGUGACUCUUGAUCUGUCUUAUAACUCAUUAAGUGGCCAAUUGCCCCAGGAAAUUGCUAAGUUCCAUAACUUGGAGUUUCUUAACCUAUCCAAUAACAAACUUGAGGGCAGCAUACCCGAUAGCCUUCCUGAUGAACUGAAAGGACUCAAUGUGUCUUUUAAUAAUUUCUCUGGUACUAUACCUGACAACUUGAGGAGGUUUCCUGAUUCAGCAUUCCAUCCAGGAAACACCUUCUUGAAAGUUGGUUCUUUUCCAUUGUCACCAAAAGGUUCUUCGGACUUGAAUUUGAAUGAGCAUAGGUCUCAGAUGAAACCUGUUACCAGAAUUGCCUUAAUUGUAGGCUUGGUUGGUGGUGGUGCUAUAAUAGCUCUUGUGUGUCUAAUGUUUUAUUAUAGGACCAACUGGAAGGAAACUAGGAGUGACAGUUCGAAAAGAAAUGGGGGAAAAGAAACUCUACAUGAAGGGGAGUAUUCCCUUUCUCAAACAUCAGCACCUUACAGAAGUAAGGAUUCAUCAUCAUCUUCAUUUAGUUUCCGUCAAGAGCUUUUGUCAUCAUCCAAAAAAGGUUCUACGUAUGAUCAUGGAAACAGUUCAUUAGUUUUAAAUGACCCUAAAUAUUUUGGUCACCCUGAGUCCAGGAGAAAAGAUGAAGGAUUGGCUUCACCCAGUUCUCUCUUGUCAUCUUCAAAUGCGUCUCCAUAUAAAAACCAAUUUCCAUUUGAGAGUCCCGGUGCACUAAAGGUUCAUUCUCCUGAUAAACUAGCUGGGGAUCUGCAUCUCUUUGAUGGUUCUCUGGCAUUUACUGCAGAAGAACUUUCACGUGCUCUGGCUGAAGUUAUUGGAAGGAGUUGCCAUGGAAUAUUGUAUAAAGCUACACUUGACUCCGGUAAUGUAUUGGCUAUCAAAUGGUUGAAGGAAGGGAUAGCGAAAGGUAAAAAGGAAUUUGCAAGGGAACUAAAGAAACUUGGGUACAUCAAACACCCAAACUUAGUUUCUCUUCAGGGUUAUUAUUGGGGUCCCAAGGAGCAUGAGAAGUUGAUCAUAUCAAAUUACAUAAAUGCACAAUGUUUGGCCUUCUAUCUUCAAGAGAAGGAGCCAAGAAAAUUGCCUCCCUUGUCUCUGGAUGAACGGCUUAGGGUUGCUAUAGAUGUGGCUCGAUGUCUGAACUACCUACAUAAUGAGAGAGCAAUACCCCAUGGCAACCUCAAGUCGACAAACAUUUUAUUAGAAACUCCUAAUUUGACUGCACGCCUCACUGAUUACAGUCUCCAUCGGAUACUAACACCAGCUGGCACAGCUGAACAAGUCCUGAAUGCAGGUGCUCUCGGCUAUCGCCCCCCUGAGUUUGCUAGCUCAAGUAAACCGUGCCCAUCAUUAAAAAGUGAUGUGUACGCCUUUGGGGUCGUAUUGAUGGAGCUCCUGACAGGAAAAAGUUCAGGAGAGAUUGUUUCAGGGAGCAAAGGUGUGGUUGAUCUAACUGAUUGGGUAAGGUUAUUAGCAGCAGAAAACCGUGCUGGUGACUGCUUUGAUCCGAUGAUAUUGGAAAGGGAUAAUGGGGAGCACACGCAUAGAACACUUGAUGCCAUGCUACAGGUGGCUCUGAGAUGCAUCCUGCCUGCACAAGAGAGACCCGACAUAAAAUCAGUUUAUGAAGAUCUCUUAGUGAGUGUUACAGAAAGGUAAAUAAAAGGGGUUCUAAAUGUGUACUUUAACACUAACCCCCAUUUAUUUGUUCUUUACUUUCAUAAUUUGGACUUAGUGUCUCAAAUUGUUUUCUCCAGUUGUCAACUUCUAACACUGGGUUCAAAAUUGGUACUGUAAAUAUCAAUUCGAUAGGGUUAGUAGGAAAGUAAGGAAGGAAUAAAGUUCAUUGUAGAUGGUGGGUUAAUCAUUCUCUUUUAGCCAUUGUCUAUAAAUGUAACUUUAGAUAUAGAUUCAUUGACUCAUUUUAUGUAUUUCAUCUCAUCUUUCCUGAUGUACUCAUAUUGAAUUAAUAUUCAACAUUUCAAAUGAACAAAGAAUCUGACCCCCCAAAUAUAAAGAUAAUGUUAUGAUUAAAUUGAACAUGUCCAUAUUGAAGAUGGGCAUGCUUCCAUGCUUGGUAUACUUGAAUCAGACAAUGAACAAUUGGGAGACAAUAUGAAGCCCUUGAGUACCAAUGUACCAUGUCGGUGGAAAUUUGUACUUCAGUAAUGAGAAACAGUGUGCAGGCACCUGAUUAACUUGAGAAAUACUACCAUCAAUUGUUAUCCGCAUCAGAUCAUUGAGAUGUUUCUCAUCUCUUACAUUGUGAAAGUACUUUUAGCAGAUGGAUUUACUUUGGGGUUGACCUAAUUUUACUUGGGAUGCAAAGAAACAAUUGGCAAUGGAAAUUUUACCCUUCACAAUUUCAAGGGCAGAAGAACAUAGAGUUCUUGGAGCUGCCUUUCUACCACCCUUCUCU